GCGCUCGGAUUAACAUCCUGCCCACGUCACAAUGCAAACCCUGCUGGGCGCGCGCUGAUUGGACAGACGCUUCUUUCUGCGUUGCUCCGCUGCUGCUGGAGAGACAGGCGAACCGAGCGGAUCCCGAACCGAGCCCGAGCGCUCGUGCUUUCCGUGUGGAUCUGCGUGGAAGAUGGCGGAGUUGAGCGCAGUCCGACACGAACUUAGAAACAGAAAUCUGAGCAGUUCUUUCGGGGAGCCUCAGUGUGUGUCACCGCAAAAAGAUGAGCAACAGAAACUGGCCGUGCCGUUCUGCGGCGGCAUCCGGGACGGACUGAGACCGGGGAAGAAAAUCACGAUCAUGGGCGUCGUGAAUGCAGAUCCGGACAGUUUUGACAUCAGUCUGACGUGCGGCUGCGGGGACGUCGCUCUGGAUAUGUGCGUGCGGUUCGAAGACCGGGAGAUUUUGCGAAACGCCUGCGUUUCUGAUAGCUGGGGCGAGGAGGAGAGGUCAAUACCCUACUUCCCCUUCAUCGCAGAGCAGCCUUUCAGGGUUGAGAUUCAUUGCGACCACCCGCGCUUCCGCGUGUUCGUGGACGGCCAUCAGCUCUUUGACUUCUACCAUCGCGUGAGGCCGGUGACGGCCAUCGACACCAUACAGAUCAGCGGCAGUCUGACCAUCACCAAGCUCAACUGAUGCCUGCCGCGUCUCAUGAGUCCAGCUUCCCACCAGCCCGUCCGUUCUGAGCAUUAAAGACUGUCGGUGAUACCGAAGGAGAAUCCAGAAUCAUCUACAACUGAUGAAUUGAUGCAUUUUGAGUUAUAAGGAGGCAUUUAUUUUUAUGAGCAUCACAAUUCUCAGUAGCAUUUUAGCAGAAGUCAACAUGAAAUGCCAUUCGCAUCCAAUUUAGUUUGUUUUUCUGAGUGCAACUGACUUCAGCUCUUCAGCUCUGGACUUCAGUGCUAAAAUUACACUUUUUUCAUAGUUUUGGACUAUAAAAAUAGUGCACUAUUAAGUGACAUCAGUAGAGGAAUUUCAGAGGAAGAACAAGUUAUGAAGACAAAAUAUUAAACGUACCAAUAAGUCAAUAAGACCAGGAGCUAGGGUUGCAAAAAGUUGGAAAAUUUCCAGUAAAUUUUGGAAACUUUCCGGGAUUUUUUGGAAUCUUCCUGGGAUUUUUGGAAAGUUUUCGGAUAUUUUCCACCCCUUUGCAACCCUACCAAGAGCAUGCAUUCAGAAAGUAAAAAGGGUAAGUUUGGAUUUAAUGUUGACUUUAUGGCAUUAAAGUGGAGAUGAAAGAAAUGGCGAAAAGUAAGAUGAAUGUUGCACGAGGCCAGAUACAGAUGCUGAACUAACAACAGAGCGUUUAACAAUGUACAGCUUCAGCGAAUAGCGAUAUAUGAACGUACUGCCUGAAUUUACCAGUGUAACUCUCCAGCUAAUGUACUCAGGUGGAAACCCCAAAGAGGUGUAUUUAUUCCCUGAAUACGUGUAUAAAGCACAAACAGGGUGAUUUGAGAGUUGCAUCUGUCUUACAGCAAUAGUGAUUCCUUUCCAUUGUGAUUCCAUUGACAAGCACUUAAACAUACUUCAAAGCAAUGCAUUUUAUGUUUAGCUGUGUUAACGAGACGCGUGAUGAGCCGCUAAUAAUGUGAACUUCAUUUAGGUGCUUUCGUUACUUGAGACCAGCAUAAAAUCAGGGAGAAAACCGUUGCAUUCCAGUGCUUUCUGUGUAUUUAUUGUCUCUGAGCACACGGUGUGUCACGUCAACCUCUUCUUGAUUGCACACACAUUGUUCCUAAUUAAUAAAGGCUUCGAAUGAAUGAAA